AUGCGGAAGCGCUCCUCCGCAGAAGGCGGCCGUCAUGGCCAUGUUGACGCCGGUGCCGACGCUGCCCUGGCGAAGAUGGGCUACAAGUCCGAGCUGCCACGAAACCUCAGCAUGUUCAGCGUGCUGGGACUCUCCUUCGCCAUCAUGGCGGUGCCCUUCGGUCUCUCCACCACCAUGUACAUCACCCUGACCGACGGACAAGCCGUAAGCGUGCUCUGGGGUUGGGUGGUCGUGUCCCUGAUCUCCCUCUGCAUCGCCGCGUCUCUGGCCGAGAUCUGCGCCGUCUACCCUACGGCAGGAGGCGUGUACUACUGGUCAGCGAUGUUGGCGACGAGGGAGUGGGCGCCCAUGGCGAGCUGGGUAACAGGGUGGUUGACCCUGGUGGGCAAUUGGACGGUCACGCUCUCGAUCAACUUUGGCGGCGCGCAACUCCUCUUGUCGGCCAUCGCUCUCUGGAAUGAGGACUUUGUGCCGAACGCGUGGCAGACGGUGUUGACGUUCUGGGCUAUCAUGCUCAUCUGCAUGGCUGUGAACAUCUUCGGCGCAAAGUAUCUGGAUAUAAUCAACAAGGUCUGCGUUUACUGGACUGGAGCGAGCGUUGUCAUUAUUAUGAUCACGCUCCUUGCAAUGGCCGACGAGUAUCGCAGCGCCGCUUUUGUCUUCGGUCAUUAUGACGAUUCAGCUAGUGGCUGGCCUACUGGCUGGGCAUUCUUUGUCGGGCUUCUCCAAGCCGCAUACACUCUGACUGGCUACGGCAUGGUGGCAGCCAUGUGCGAAGAGGUGCAAAAUCCCGAGCGCGAAGUCCCCAAAGCGAUCGUCCUCUCCGUCGCCGCAGCCGGCGUGACUGGUCUCAUAUACCUGAUCCCGAUCCUCUUCGUUCUUCCCCCUAUCGAAAUACUCCUCGACGUCGCAACCGGCCAGCCGAUCCCCCUCGUCUUUAAGCUCGUAACCGGCAGCGCCGGCGGCGGCUUCGGCCUCCUCUUCCUCAUCCUCGGCAUCCUCUUCUUCGCCGGCAUCGGCGCCCUGACGGCCGCCAGCAGAUGCACGUACGCCUUCGCCCGCGACGGCGCCAUCCCGGGGUCGAGACUCUGGAAGCAGGUCGACAAGCGCUUCGACAUUCCGCUGUGGGGCCUCGUUCUGUCGACUACGGUCGACUGCCUCCUGGGCCUUAUUUUCUUUGGCAGCUCGGCUGCGUUCUACUCGUUUACGGGCGUCGCGACUAUCUGCCUCUCGACGUCGUACGGGCUGCCCAUCCUGGUCAACAUCAUAAGAGGUAGGAAGAUGGUGCGGCACUCAACGUUCUCGCUGGGGAAGUUCGGGUUCGCCAUCAAUAUCCUGACGAUCGUGUGGAUCUGCUUCGCGGUCGUCAUCUUCUGCAUGCCGGUCGCGCUGCCGGUGGACGCGAGUACUAUGAAUUAUGCGAGCGUCGUGUUCGCGGCGUUUGCGACUAUCUCGGUGGUUUGGUACUUUGUGCGCGGUAGGAAGAGCUUCACGGGACCGCCGGUCCCGCAUGAUGUGGAUCCGACGGAGAUAGGUGUCAUGAAGGGCGUGGAACCGCUGGGAAUGGACACGGAGGCUGCGGGAGUGGGACACGGGGGCUACAGCAAGGGAGCGUAA